AUGGGGACUGGGGGCUCGAGCAAGGCAGAUGCGCUCUGGCUAGGUGGUCUUCUCGUGGGCACCCUAGACGUGGUGCUGGACUCCAGCGCCCGUGUGGCCCCUUACCGCAUCCUGCACCAGACCCAGGACUCACAGGUCUACUGGACAGUGGCAUGUGGUUCUUCCCGUAAAGAGAUCACAAAACACUGGGAAUGGCUGGAAAACAACUUGCUUCAGACACUAUCCAUCUUUGACAAUGAGGAAGAUAUCACCACCUUCGUCAAGGGCAAGAUACAUGGUAUCAUUGCAGAAGAGAACAAGAACCUGCAGCCCCAGGGAGAUGAGGACCCUGGGAAAUUCAAGGAGGCCGAGCUGAAGAUGAGGAAGCAAUUUGGGAUGCCUGAGGGGGAGAAGCUAGUCAACUACUAUUCAUGCAGCUACUGGAAAGGCCGAGUGCCCCGGCAGGGCUGGCUCUACCUGACUGUCAACCACCUGUGCUUCUACUCCUUCCUGCUGGGGAAGGAAGUGAGUCUUGUGGUACAGUGGGUGGACGUCACACGCCUGGAGAAGAAUGCCACGCUGCUCUUCCCUGAGAGCAUCCGUGUGGACACACGGGACCAGGAGCUCUUCUUCUCCAUGUUCCUUAACAUCAGUGAGACCUUCAAGCUCAUGGAGCAGCUGGCCAACCUGGCGAUGCGGCAGCUGCUAGACAACAAGGGCUUUCUGGAGGAUAAGGCCCUUCCCAGGCCCAUCCGGCCACACAGAAACAUCUCAGCUCUGAAGCGAGACCUAGAUGCCCGAGCCAAGAAUGAGUGUUACCGGGCCACAUUCCGGCUGCCCAGGGAUGAGCGUCUGGAUGGCCACACAAGCUGCACCCUGUGGACGCCAUUCAACAAGCUGCACAUCCCAGGCCAGAUGUUCAUCUCCAAUAACUAUAUCUGCUUUGCCAGCAAGGAGGAGGAUGCGUGCCACCUCAUCAUACCCCUAAGGGAGGUGACCAUUGUCGAAAAAGCUGACAGUUCCAGCGUCCUGCCCAGCCCUCUGUCUAUCAGCACCAAGAGUAAAAUGACCUUCCUGUUUGCCAACCUAAAAGACCGCGAUUUCUUGGUUCAAAGGAUCUCAGACUUCCUCCAGAAAACACCAUCCAAGCAGCCAGAUGGAAGAAAAGCCAGUGUUGCAGACCCAGCUCCAGAGUCUCUCCUAGCUUCUCAGGAGGUUCCAGAACUGCCCACCAGCCCAUCCUCUCCUCUCAGUGGCUACCAGAAUUUCAGUGCUCAGGAGGUGCCAACUGCUUCCCAGGGCCUUCUCAAAGUCUUCCAGAGAAACUCUCCCAUGGAGGAUCUUGGAGCCAAGGGGGCUAAGGAGAAGAUGAAGGAGGAGUCAUGGAACAUCCACUUCUUUGAGUAUGGACGUGGUAUGUGCAUGUACCGCACAGCCAAAACACGGGAGCUGGUCCUGAAGGGCAUCCCUGAGAGUCUUCGAGGAGAGCUCUGGCUCCUCUUCUCUGGGGCCUGGAAUGAGAUGGUGACCCACCCUGGCUACUAUGCUGAGUUAGUGGAGAAGUCCAUGGGGAAGUACAGCCUGGCCACAGAAGAGAUUGAGCGAGACCUCCACCGCUCCAUGCCUGAGCACCCUGCCUUCCAGAAUGAGCUCGGGAUCGCUGCACUCCGGCGGGUGCUGACUGCCUAUGCUUUCCGAAACCCCACUAUCGGCUACUGCCAGGCUAUGAACAUCGUGACCUCAGUGCUCCUGCUCUAUGGCAGCGAGGAGGAGGCCUUCUGGCUCUUGGUGGCCCUCUGUGAACGGAUGCUUCCUGACUACUACGACACCAGGGUCGUGGGAGCCCUGGUGGAUCAAGGCAUCUUUGAAGAGCUCACAAGGGAUGUCCUGCCUCGGCUGUCAGAGAAGAUGCAGGACCUGGGGGUGAUCUCCAGCAUCUCGCUCUCCUGGUUCCUCACCCUCUUCCUAAGCGUCAUGCCUUUUGAGAGCGCUGUGGUCAUUGUUGAUUGCUUCUUCUAUGAGGGCAUCAAAGUUAUCCUGCAGGUGGCCUUGGCUGUCCUGGAUGCCAACAUGGAGCAGCUGCUGGGCUGCAGUGAUGAGGGCGAGGCCAUGACCGUGCUGGGCAGAUACCUGGAUAAUGUGAUCAAUAAGCAGAGUGUCUCUCCUCCUAUUCCACACCUCCAUGCCCUGCUGACCAGUGGAGAUGACCCUCCUGCAGAGGUGGACAUCUUUGACCUCCUAAAAAUGUCCUAUGAGAAGUUCAGCAACCUGAGGGCCGACGACAUUGAACAGAUGCGGUUUAAGCAGAGACUGAAAGUGAUCCAGUCCUUGGAGGACACGGCCAAGAGGAGUGUGGUCCGAGCUAUACCAGGGGAUAUUGGUUUCUCAAUUGAAGAGCUGGAGGACCUUUACAUGGUGUUUAAGGCCAAGCAUCUGGCAAGUCAGUACUGGGGCAGUAGCCACACAGCAGCUGUCCGCCGGGACCCCAGCCUGCCCUACUUGGAGCAGUACCGGAUCGAUGCAGGCCAGUUCCAGGAGCUCUUUGCCAGCCUGACACCAUGGGCCUGUGGUUCUCACACACCUGUGCUGGCAGGCCGCAUGUUCCGGCUCCUGGACCAAAACAAGGACUCCCUGAUCAACUUCAAGGAGUUCGUGACGGGGAUGAGCGGGAUGUACCAUGGAGACCUCACAGAGAAGCUCAAGGCACUCUACAAGCUGCACCUUCCCCCAGCUCUGAGCCCAGAAGAAGCCGAGUCAGCCCUGGAGGCCACUCAUUAUUUCACAGAAGACAGCUCCUCAGAAGCAUCUCCUCUGGCCUCAGAUCUGGAUCUUUUCCUGCCCUGGGAGACUCAAGAAGUACAAUCACAGGAAGAGCGAGAAGGAAGUGGAAAUGAGGAUAUUCAAGAAAAAAGAGGAGAGGAGAAGGGGACUAGCCCUCCAGACUACCGACACUACCUUCGAAUGUGGGCCAAAGAGAAAGAGGCUCAGAAGGAGACAAUUAAGGAUCUUCCCAAGAUGAACCAGGAGCAAUUUAUUGAGCUCUGCAAGACACUAUACAACAUGUUCAGCGAAGACCCCAUGGAGCAAGACUUGUACCAUGCCAUCGCCACAGUGGCCAGCCUCCUCCUCCGCAUCGGCGAGGUAGGGAAGAAGUUCUCAACCCGGACGGGCAGAAAGCCCAGGGAUGGUGCCCACAGCGGGGAUCACAACAGUACCACUGAGGAGGACGAGCUACCAGCGCCUGAACCCCAUCAGGACCCAAUACGGGAGCUUCAGCCACCAGCUGCAGGGGACCCCCAGGCCAAGGCUGGUGGAGACACCCACCUUGGGAAAGCACCACAGGAAAGCCAGAUGGUGGUAGAGGGGGGCAGUGGCGAGGGGCAGCUUCUGUCUGAUGAUGAAACCAAAGAUGACAUAUCCAUGUCCUCAUACUCAGUGGUCAGCACAGGCUCCCUGCAGUGCGAGGACCUUGCAGAUGACACUGUGCUGGUGGGUGGAGAGGCCCGAAGUCCCACAGCCACCUCACGCACUGGGGGCACUGUGGACACGGACUGGUGCAUUUCCUUCGAGCAGAUCCUGGCCUCCAUUCUGACAGAGUCUGUAUUAGUGAACUUCUUUGAGAAGAAGGUAGACAUUGGACUCAAGAUCAAGGACCAAAAGAAGGUGGAGAGACAAUUCAGCACCUCCAGUGACCAUGAGCAGUCUGGGGUUUUGGGCUGACCUCUGCAGCUGCACUGCUCUGGCUGAAGCCUCAGAAGUAGGGGCCAGCCUUUGUCUCCUCCUUCCCUUCCUGUUUUCUCCUUUCACCCUCAUUCUCCCCAGAAGCAAUGAAUUGUAAACACAAAGGCCAAUGCAGACCCAGUUGCCUUAGAAGCAUUCCUGGGCCUGUACACCCCACUGCCCAGGAAAAGGCUGGCCACUCACCUCCUCUCUAAUUGGUGGGAACCCUCCUAGAGCCUGGCUGCCCCUCCUAGUGUUAGAGCCUCUCAGAUCUGCCCAUGCUUGCCUCACAUCCUUGCACCCCAUGCUGUGCUCAGGCAACACUAGGUCCUCCAACCACAGAGCCAUCUUCAUACAGCUGUGUGGCCCAGGUACCAGAUCCUACCACUGGGCACCAGGUAGGAGGGUCAUAAGCUUAUCAGGUUUCAAAGUGAUCAGGCCCUUAAGCCUGAGCCUCCUGACUGGGGAACUCAGCAGAAAGCAUCUCUUGCAUAGGGGUGGGCACGUUAACCUUACAUGCGGUUUUGCUUCUUUGUCACCAUUAACUUUGAAAGCACAUCCUCAGGUCCUCAUCUAUCUCUUUGUAUUCAGUUCAGUUGGCUAAACAUCACACUGUGCUCAAUGCCUUAAUCCCUCAAAUAAAAAAAUAAAAAUAAAACCCACUGUGUAUAGUGCCUUAAAGUGGCCUUCAACAACUGCUUAGGCCUCCUGACUUCUCCCUAGGCCAGGAAUGGGACCCAGGCCUCAUUCUGGAAGUUCAAGACAUUUGGUCCCCCACAAAGGGUGAUGUAGACAUCGUACCAAUUGACUUGUGACAGAAGAAGCCCUGAGCUCUACAGGUCUCAGUGGGCAGUGGGACAGAAGUAUAGAUGUGUCUCAGCCCUGAGCUAUAGCAAGUCACUAGGUUCUAGAAGCAGAGUGUGGGCCACAGGCAACCAGUGGGUGUCUCCUUGAGCUGAGUCACACAGGGCUGAGCCACAAGGACCACUUUAUUUGCAGCAGGAGUUGAAGUGUAUCACUUUGGCCAGUGUUUGCCCCCACAUGGGGCCAUUCUCGCUUUUACUAAAAGAUAUAUCUCUGUGUCUGGGUUUUGUUUUUUUUCCGCACUGGUAAGGAACCCAGGGUCUUGCACAUGCCAGGCAAGUGUCCUCUCACAGAGCCACAUACACAAACCUGUUUUUUUUCCUUUUCUUUUUUUUAAUUGUUGAUAGACCUUUAUUUUAUUUAUUUAUAUGUGGUGCUGAGAAUUGAACCCAAUGCCUCACACAUUCUAGACAGCUGCUCUAUCACUGAACUACAACCCCAGCCCCACAAACCCUCUUGUUUUGUUUUUAAAUUUUGAGAGGGUCAAGCUAAACUGGUCAGGCUGGUUGCAAAGCCUCCUGAUCACAGGCAUGAACCACCAUAUCCAGCCUUUUUGUUUUUAAAUUUAAUAGCUUUAUUGAGGUAUAACUUAAUAUAUCAUAAAAUCUAUUUGUUAAUGUCCAAGCCAAUGAAUUCUAGUUUAUAGAGUUGUGCAACUAUUUCCACAAGGCAGUUUUUGAAACAUGUCCAUCACAUCUGAAAGACCCUUCAGGCCAUUUGUGGGGAGUCUGUAUUCCUACCUUGAGUCCCAGGCAACUACUUUCCAUGGAUUUCCUAGUUUUUAAAAUUGCAGUAUAGGGCAAGCAGUGUGGCUCAGUAGUAGAGUACUUGUCUAACAUGCACAAGGUCCUGGGUUAUAUCCCCAGCACAAGAAAAUAAAAUAACAUGCACUAUGACUUUACCUUGUUCUCAACUGCUAUGCCCCAUUCUCAAUAAAUGCAGCAAAACAACAGCAAGGAAACUGAA